AUGUCGAGUCAAACAACAACACAGAUCUCCGAAGUGGAUCAGCUUCGCCUGAAGGCCAGCAACAGCCCCGCCAACGACUGGAUGGCCGACUUGGCCAGAGAUGGUUAUGCUGUGGUCAAAGGUGCCGUCGCACAGGAGAAGGCUGCACAAUACGCUGAGCGCAUGUACCAAUAUCUCGAAGGCUUUGGCCUCGGUUUUGACAGAAACGAUCGCUCCACAUGGAACUCUGACCACCUGCCGGAGAUCAACAACAAGGGCAUGUGCCUUGAUUACGCUAUCGCCCACGAGGACUUCGUCUGGGACAUCCGAUCAGAGCCUGGUGUCGUAGGAGCAUUCGAACAAUGGUUGAAGACCGAAGACCUAAUCGUCUCAUUCGACGCCGUCAACUUCGGCUUGACUGGUCGCAAAGACUUGGCACCCAACUCGCCCUGGCCCCAUCAAGAUCAGGACCCCACAAAGAAUGGCUUCCGCUGCUUGCAAGGUCUUGUCAACAUCCUUCCCAAUGGACCGAACGACGGUGGCCUCAUUGUUCUCAAGGGUGGCCACCUCGUCAGCGAGCAAUUCCACAAGGAGGUCGGUUUCCCAGAAAAGGAACGUAACGAGCACAUUCCCGCUUGGAAUCCGGAGUGGUACGGCUUUACCGACAAUGGCAUGAAGUGGUUCGAAGGAAAGGGCCUCGAAUGGGUCAAGGUGUCCGCAGAGCCUGGUGACCUUCUUCUCUGGGACUCGAGAGUCCCGCAUUACAACCUGAGCUCCACAACAGACCAGAAUCGCUUCUGUGUGUACACUUGUUACAUGCCUGUGGCCGAUGCAAGCCAAGAGGACCUCAAGCGCAAGAAGACUGCCUUCGAGGGCUGGUUCGGCACCACCCAUUGGCCGAACGCCCAGGUCCUAGGACGCAACUCAGCCAAGAGAAAUGGCGUACUCGAUCCUUUCAACAGAACGGAGCCUGUCAACAAGCCUCAGCUGAGUGAGCGCGCAUAUCGUCUCACUGGUAUUCCGUACAUCAAGGCGUAA